GGUUCGUCUCCUCACUAGACUAUGAGCUCCUUGAAAGAAGGAAUCGUGUGUUACUCAUCUUUAUAUUCCCAGUGUCUAGCACAGUUCCUGGUACAUAGUUUAAGCUGAGUUUUAGGACAUGGCCACUGCUUCACCAAGGUCUGACACUAGUAAUAACCAUAGUGGAAGGUUACAGUUAAAGGUAACUGUUUCUAGUGCCAAACUAAAGCGAAAGAAGAACUGGUUUGGAACAGCAAUCUAUACAGAAGUAGUUGUAGAUGGAGAAAUUAAGAAAACGGCAAAAUCCAGUAGUUCUUCUAACCCAAAGUGGGAUGAGCAGCUAAUUAUAAAUGUGACCCCACAGACUACAUUGGAAUUUCGAGUUUGCAGUCAUCAUACUUUAAAAUCAGAUGCUUUGUUAGGAAAGGCAACUAUAGAUUUGAAACAAGCUCUGUUGCUACACAAUAGAAAAUUGGAAAAAGUAAAAGAACAAUUAAAACUCUCCAUGGAAAAUAAGAAUGGCAUAGUGCAAACGGGUGAAUUAACAAUUGUUCUUGAUGGAUUGAUGAUUGAACAAGAAAAUCUAACAAACUGUAGCUCAUCUCCAGCCAUAGAAAUACAGCAAAAUGGUGGUGCCUUACAUGAAAAUGGAGAACCUUCAGCAAGAGGAACUACCAGGUUGACUGUUGAAGGAACUAAUGAAGUAAAUAAUCAUGUAUCUACAAGCACCUUAGUCUCAAACUCAAGUUGUUCAUACGUAGUUAAUGGAGACAGCACAUCUUCAUCUCCGUCUCAGGUUGCUGCCAGAUCUCAAAAUACACCAGCUCCAAAACCACUCUCAUCUGAGCCUACCAAUGACACUGAAUCAUCCUCAUCUGCACCAACUGACAAUACCACGGGUACUGCAGUAGCAUCUGAAGAAACUGCUUUGUCUUCAAAUUGCACUACUACUACUGCUGAAGAUCCUCCAGGUCAGGAAAUCCAAACUUCCGCCGAAAACGAUGAAUGUAUUCUUCUUAAUAGUACAGCAGUUGGUUCUGAAGCUGGAAGCCUCACGGACCCUGCCACCACUAACUCUGGAACUAGUUCUGCUUUUGAGGCCGCCAAAUUAAGACAACCAGAUGGGUCUACAGAGCCUGCUCGGCAGCACUCAGGAAAUGCCAGCACUGAAACUUUGCCCUCCGGGUGGGAGCAGAGGAAGGAUCCUCAUGGUAGAACCUAUUAUGUGGAUCACAACACUCGGACAACCACAUGGGAGAGGCCACAACCUUUGCCUCCCGGUUGGGAAAGAAGAGUCGAUGACCGUGGAAGAGUGUAUUAUGUAGAUCAUAACACUAGAACAACCACCUGGCAGCGGCCCACCAUGGAAUCAGUUCGAAAUUUUGAACAGUGGCAAUCUCAGCGGAACCAACUGCAAGGAGCUAUGCAACAGUUUAACCAACGAUACCUCUACUCGGCUUCAAUGCUAGCUGCAGAAAAUGACCCAUAUGGGCCUCUGCCACCUGGCUGGGAAAAAAGAGUGGAUUCCACGGACAGAGUAUACUUUGUAAAUCAUAACACCAAAACAACCCAGUGGGAAGACCCAAGGACUCAAGGCUUACAAAAUGAAGAGCCCCUUCCAGAAGGCUGGGAAAUUAGGUACACUCGGGAAGGUGUUAGGUACUUUGUCGAUCAUAAUACGAGAACAACAACAUUCAAAGAUCCUCGAAAUGGGAAGUCAUCUGUAACUAAAGGUGGUCCACAAAUUGCUUAUGAACGCAGCUUUAGGUGGAAACUUGCCCACUUCCGUUAUUUGUGCCAGUCUAAUGCCCUACCCAGUCAUGUAAAGAUAAAUGUGUCCCGGCAGACACUGUUUGAAGAUUCCUUCCAACAGAUUAUGGCAUUAAAACCUUAUGACUUGAGGAGGCGACUAUAUGUAAUAUUUAGAGGAGAAGAAGGACUUGAUUAUGGUGGUCUAGCAAGAGAGUGGUUUUUCUUGCUUUCACAUGAAGUUUUGAAUCCAAUGUAUUGCUUAUUUGAGUAUGCUGGCAAGAACAACUACUGUCUACAGAUAAAUCCAGCAUCAACCAUUAAUCCAGACCAUCUUUCAUACUUCUGUUUUAUUGGUCGUUUUAUUGCUAUGGCACUUUUUCAUGGGAAGUUUAUUGACACUGGUUUCUCUUUACCAUUCUAUAAGCGGAUGCUAAGUAAAAAACUCACCAUUAAGGAUUUGGAAUCUAUUGAUACUGAAUUUUAUAAUUCUCUUAUCUGGAUAAGAGACAACAACAUUGAAGAAUGUGGCUUAGAAAUGUACUUUUCUGUUGACAUGGAGAUUUUGGGGAAAGUUACUUCACAUGAUCUAAAGUUAGGAGGUUCCAAUAUCCUGGUCACUGAAGAGAACAAGGAUGAAUAUAUUGGCUUAAUGACAGAAUGGCGUUUUUCUCGAGGGGUACAAGAACAAACCAAAGCAUUCCUUGAUGGUUUUAAUGAAGUUGUUCCCCUUCAGUGGCUACAGUACUUCGAUGAAAAAGAAUUGGAGGUUAUGUUGUGUGGAAUGCAAGAGGUGGACUUGACAGACUGGCAGAGAAAUACUGCCUAUCGACAUUAUACAAGAAAUAGCAAGCAGAUCAUUUGGUUUUGGCAGUUUGUGAAAGAGACAGACAAUGAAGUAAGAAUGCGGCUUCUACAGUUUGUCACUGGAACUUGCCGUUUACCUCUAGGGGGAUUUGCUGAGCUCAUGGGAAGUAAUGGGCCUCAAAAGUUUUGCAUUGAAAAAGUUGGCAAAGAUACCUGGUUACCAAGAAGCCAUACAUGCUUUAAUCGCUUGGAUCUACCACCAUAUAAGAGUUAUGAACAACUAAAGGAAAAACUUCUUUUUGCGAUAGAAGAGACUGAGGGAUUUGGACAAGAAUGAAUGUGGCUUGACUCGAAGGAGCUCUUGCAUUUAAAUACCCAGCCAAGGAAAAUUGCACAGAUAGUGUAUAUAAACUGUCCAUUCUGUACAGUGACUUUUCUGAACCUCUCAAAGUAUAAAUGUUUUCCGUUCUUCCACAGAAAUAUGCAAAAACAUUCAUCCUUUUCUACUUUAUUUAUUGUUCCCUACAAGUGACUGAUAAGGAAAAAGAUCAUCAAAAUUAUCAAAAGAUAAUUGAAAAAGAUCAAUUUGCAAGCAAGAGACUUGAAGUAUAUUAUCUCUAUAAACAUAUGAUAGUGGCUCUAGUUUUAUAGAGCUCUGAGUAUAUUAAACAUGACCACCAUUCAUUCAAAAAUAUCUGGAUUUGCUUUAACUUCUUUCUUCUUAUCCAGGGGAAAAAGUAAAAAUUGCUCCAUACUCUUCUUUCUCCCUUUUGUAUCAUCUUCUAAGGGUAUUUAGUUGCAUGGCCAUUCAGGAAGGUAUUAAGGGCUUAGGCCAAAUCUUACUCUUGAGUAUGUUAAAAAAUGCUGCUGGCUUUUCUGGACAGGUGAUCGAACCUGUCAUUUUGUUUUAUAAACAAAAUAGCUGAAAUUUUUCCCGUUUUGCUAUUACUAACACUAAUAUGAAUGAAAUAUAAGUUAACAAGAAAGUCACAUAUUAGAUCAAGUAACAUUUACUUCAUUCUAGAAAUUGGAAAUUGAGCAGCACAGAGGUUGUUUACAUGUUACUUUGGGGUGCUGGUUAGGAAUUUGUGAAAUUAAAAAUAAGGCACGUCUGUACUUUUAUUUUCAAAAAUGAUGGUCAGUUCAUAAUAAAUGGAUGUAAUCUGAUUCUUAGGAAUAUAAAGUCCAGUGUCCCACUUUUGCAUUCAAAGUUUUAUAAAAUCAUCUGGAGUUACAUAAGCAUUAGAACAUUCAGAUGAAUCUAAUGAUUUUCUAUUUGUUUUGAGAAUGAUUACUCUUAAAUUCACGAAAAUUCUGUGUAUCUCAAAUGACUGGUUCAUCUCCCCCCAUAGCCCUUUCUGUCCUAAGUAAACAAUACUUUAAUUGCUACCAUCAAACCUGAUAUGAAUGAUAUUAAUGCUAUUUUAGCAAACUGGGCUUCCUUAAUACAAAACUUACAUUUCAUUUUUGAUCAUUAUUUUAAUAUGCAAUAUAAUUUUAUUAACUUAAAAAUUAUAAUCAUGGAGUUAACAUCUCGGAAUGUUAUCUGUAACAUAUUCACUGGUUAGUACAUAAAAUCCUGGUAAGAAGUUUCCUUUCUUUGACUAGUUUAUUGUCCAUUUUUCCCUAAAAUAUUUAGUUUACUAUAAAUAAAAUUUAUAGUAAUGAAGAUACAAAGGUGCAAUAAUGACAGUAGUCCACGUGGUUGAAUAGAUUCCUUCCCAAAUCCGAAUCACUGUUUAUUUUUAAACUUACCUGUAGUUUUUUUAAAUAUGACAUAUAUGCAAUAAAUAGGCUAUUAAUAAG